CGUACUAGUGUUAUGUACAGUCCGAACCCUAAAAACACAUGACACUUUUGCUCCCGUCAAGCACAAGUGCGUGCUGCAAAACUGCAACCAAAUGCGAACAGAUUCCAUUCCGAUUAUUUACAUGCUUUUGUUUAUUUUUAUUUAAAAAAAAAUAAUGUUCUUAUUUUAUAAGAAAAUAUAAAUAAUGGUUUCUCGAACUAUAUUAAUUAUUGUGUGUUUAUUCCACAUUGCACUCUCAAUUGCUGCUGUUAACCAUUGGGUAGUGAAUGAUAAUGGAAAAAUACUUCAAAAGAUUGAUUCGCCUUUUUAUAUGCGAGAACCAAACAAUUUAAUUGCAUUUCUUGACCAAAUAAAGUACAAUGACGUUGUCGAGAGUACCUACCUCGAGUUGCUGCGGCAACGUGAAAAAAUGGCAGAACAAAUAAACUUCUCCAUUCAAUUUGGCAUGGAAAUCAUUGACCAGGCCAAAUGUGCUCUAGACUACUAUGUCAUUGAGAAACAAAUUUCAUCUACUAAAAUUACAAAAGACUAUCUUAAAAGAAUAAACCUAAAGAAUUCCAAAAAGAAAUCACCCGCAUUACCAGAGAUGGGAAUUCCUAAAUCUAGUCCCUUCUGUUGGGAAUAUACUAGUUUAAAUGUUGGAAUAUGUUGUUACGAUCAUUUAGAAGGCCUAAAAGGCACUUAUACUUUGCAAAUUGAACCAGAAGAAGAACUGACAACUAAUGAAUUGGACUUUAAAUCAAAACGUUUCGUGCAAACCUUAAUCGAUGGUUUGACGGAAAGUCCAACUUCAUGGAAAUACCACACAUUAAGUUCAUAUUAUUGGCGGAUGCAAGGUGAUGGAACGCAAGCUGUUGAAUGUGCCAAACGAGCUGUAAUGCUGGCACCACGUAAAGUCAGGGACAUUCCAUUGCUUAGUUUGGGUAUAAUUUUGUAUAGGGCGGGAAAAUUGCGUGAUGCUGAAGUUGUUCUAUCAGCGGCUGUUGAUCAUGCUCCUGAAGUUGCAGAAAAUCAUUUUGCUCUGGGUACAACCUUAGCAAUGAUUCAUGAAUUUAAUAGAUCUCUUACACACUUCGAUACGGCUGAAAAGCUGGAUCCGAGUUUUAUUCCACGAACAUUGCCAUUGAAAAACUUUAUCUCAUGUGUUGAGAAUUUAAUCAGGAAAACUUCCAAGAUGUAUAGUUACGCUGAGUAUAUUAAAAGCGAGGUCAGUGGACUGAAAAGUAUGAAGACAUUGAUAACACAAAGCCAUGAAAAAUUGAUCCAGCAACAGGUUCCACUAGGAGCACGUUUCUUUGAUGCAAAAACACCCAAUGACGAACUAUUGCAUCGUGGUCAAUAUUGUAGUACUAGAACUCUAGCCGGAACCGAUGAACCGGUUCUAUUUUGUGAUUUUUAUUCGGAUUUACAAAUGAAAUUGGAAAGCAAAGAAGUCGAUAUAGAGUCGUUGGAAAGAGAACUGAAAGCCAAUAGUGAUGCAAUUAUUAAACAAUUGUCUUCGGAAUUUCAUACACAAUUCGAUUUUAAUAAUUCUCCUCCAUCUGCGGUAACAACGACAACCAAGGGAAAGUAAUCUUGAAAUAAGAUUUAUACUGUGUAUAUGUUUAACUUUUAAAUUGAUUUUUUUUAUAUAUAAAAAAUCUAUAAUGCAAUUUCGGACUUAUGAGAGAAAAUAUAAACUGCGUGAAAAUACUUUUUUUUAAAUGAAUUAAUAACCGACAUACAUACAUAUUCUGA